AUGUCAAAGGUGAUUAAAGAAGAAAGUGAUAUUUUACCAUUGCUCAAGCUCAGCUAUGAUCAUCUCCCUUCAAACUUGAAACAAUGUUUUGCUUAUUGUGCAUUGUUUCCUAGGGAUUAUAAGAUUAAGAAGCAAAAAUUGAUUCAUCUUUGGAUGGCACAAGGGUUUCUUCAAAUGUCAAACAGAGAGUGUCUAGAAGAUGUUGGUGAUAAAUAUUUUUUGACUCUACUUUCAGGAUCAUUUUUCCAAGAUCCAGAAUAUGAUACAUGGGGCAAUGUAGUCGCUUGUAAGAUAAAUGAUCUUAUGCAUGACCUUACACAAUUGGUUGUAGGAACUGAAUGCACCAUGUACACUUUUGAAAAGGUUGAAAGUAUGAAUGUAAGAUGUCGCCAUUUGUCACUAGAUUGUGGUGAAGUAAAAGCAUCAUGGAAAUUUCCAGCUGUGUUAUAUAGUGGAAAUAAUAUAAGAACUUUGCUUUUAUUUUGUAGAUUAAAUUGGGGUUUCAAUUUGGAUCAUGGUGAUGAAAUUUUAACUAGUUAUGCAUACUUACGAAUAUUGGACUUUGGAGGGUUAAAAUUUCAGAAACUAUUGAGUUCAGAUGGGGAAGUUUUGAGUUUAAUUGGUGAAUUGAAGCACUUGCGAUAUCUCAAUUUUUCUGGUGUUGAUAUUAAAAUACUUUCUGAUUCAUUGUCAAGACUAAUAAAUCUGGAAACAUUAGAUCUGUCUUACUGUAGUGAGCUUAUGGACCUACCAAGAGAUGUUAAAAAAAUGGUGAACCUUAGACAUCUUAUAAACAAAAAGUGUGAUUCUUUAACAGGAAUGCCAUAUGGACUGGGGAAUUUAACUAUUCUGUAG